AUGGAAGCAUCCUUCACUACAACGAAGUUGGUUGAAAGUAAAGAAGAAUGGGACUUGACGGCUACAAACUUCUUUCAAGAAGUUCCUUUGGAAGAAGAAAUUGACUUUGAUGAAGCAAGAAUUCAUGAGCUGUAUUCAAGUCCAAGCAUUGAUGAGGUAGCUUUAAGCUUAUUCAUGAAAGAAGACAAGGAAUUCACUUUUGCAUUGACAUCAAUUGAGGAAUUUGAUCAUGCAGAACAGGACGAAGCAUUGAAAGAAAGAUUUAAGGAGAAAAUAAGGAGAGAACCGUCCUUGGUGGCCAGUCCUGUGGCCCUGUAUAGUGCUGUUUAUUUUCCUCAAGUCUUCAUGACUCGGAGAAUACUGAAUAGCUUAAUAGGGUUACGGGACUUGAGCAACGGAUGGCAAUACCUUAAUUCUGAUUCCAGAUUGUUAAAUAAGCGUUGCGAUCUUCAGCAAGUGGAACUUUCUGUGAUGUAUAUUCCCAAGUUGAAGUUCUCCUAUGAGAUAAAUACUAAGAAAAUUAUGAAAGAAUUGGGAUUGACCAAGAUUUUUGAGAACAGCCGGGAGAUUACAGAGAUUGUUGAUAGUCCAGAGCUUUAUGUCUCGGAUGCAAUUCACAAGUCUUAUAUUGAAGUAAACGAGGAAGGUACAAUUGCAACAGCAGUCACUGUCUUUGGUUGUGCUUGUGGCACUGCAUUACCUAUGUUUCCUCCACCAAGUUUAGAUGCUGAUCAUCCUUGUUGA